AGCGUGAAGACGAAGCGCACGCCAUGAGCACGCAGAACUUCCGCCACCAGCUCCCCACCGUGCCGGCUGCUGUCCGAUUCCACCUGUCAGCAGAGUCGCCGUAGCGGGACUGGCGCAACCGUGCGCUGGCAAGUACAGGCCCGUGAGGAAGUGAUCAGCGCUAUACACACGGGCGGCCACUGCCGUCUCCCCCUGUGUGUUCACACACUGCACCAGUGAAAACGUGAUCAUGAAUUCGGAUCAAGGCAGCGUGAUUGCAAAGGAUCGGAGUGGUGUGGAGGAUCGGGGCUCCAUGACUGUGAAUGAUCACAAUGCCCAAGACGGUGUUGUGCCUGCUCAUAAGACAAGAAAGCUGCUGCCCAGCCUGAAAUUGAAGCGGCCACAGGAGCUGGUGCUGGUGAUCGGCACAGGCAUCAGCGCUGCCGUAGCGCCGUGCGUGCCCGCGCUUAAGUCCUGGAAGGGCCUCAUUCAGGCGCUGCUCGACGCCUCGGGCGAGUUCGACCUCCUGGAGGACGAAGAGAUCAAGCGCUUUCACCGCAGCCUGCAGGAGGACCGCGACCUCGUGCAUGUGGCCCACGACCUCAUCCAGAAGCUGUCUCCGCGCACGGGGAACGUGCGCUCCACCUUCUUCAAGGACUGUCUCUACGACGUCUUCGAGGGCCUCGAGAGCAAGAUGGAGGAGACGGGCAAGUGCCUGCUGCAGUCUGUGCUGCAGCUCAUGGAUCACGGCGCCCUGGUGCUCACCACCAACUUUGACAACCUCCUGGAGAUCUACGGCACGCAGCGCGGCAAGGCCCUCGAGUCUCUGGACCUGACCGACGAGAAGAACGUUCUUGAGUGGUCACAAGAAAAGAGGCCAUUCAGCGUGCUGCACAUUCACGGUGUCUACACCAACCCGACCGGCAUUGCACUGCACCCGGCUGGCUACAAGAACAUCUUGCGCAACACGGAAGUAAUGAAUUCAAUCCAAACUUUGUACGAGACCAAGUCCUUCCUGUUCCUGGGGUGCGGCCGCACUCUGGAGGACCCCACAUUCCAAUCGCUGUUCCUGGAAGCGCUGCGCAACAAGUCGGACCUAGAACACUUCAUGCUAGUCUGCAGGGACAACCCGGAGAACUUCAAGAAGCUUCGUGAAAACAUGCUGGACAAAGGCAUCAAAGUGAUCUCUUACGGCGAUGAUUACUGCUACUUGCCCGAAUACCUGGAGAGACUGGCCAAUGAGAUUUGCCAAAUAGGACGCAUCUGAGUGCAACCAGUAGCCUUGGCCUAUAAGCCUAGCGUUUACAUUUGAAGGUUCAUUCUCGUGUACGUUCAUUCGCAAGUAUGUGGUAGUGGUACAGGGUGAUGUGGGUUGUUAGGACACUGAGCCAGCACCUGUUGAUUCCAGCACUGGGAAAUGAGUUAUCGUUACCCCUGUGCACCGAGUGUUUACGCCCGAGUGGGCUGUAUUCAUUCAUGAGGUGAUGGAAACAGUCUUGAAGGUAGAACAAAAUGCUUACACAGUUGAGUCUUUACUCGACAGUUAUGCAUACAUUUGAUGAGAUUAUAGGGGAAUUAUUGUGUCUGUGAGGUUGCUGACUGUCAGGAUGUAGAAAGUGGUCCUGACAAUGAUGUACAAUGGAAACAACAUUAAUAUUUGUUUUCACUGGAACCUAUUAUGGUAAGUGAAAUUAUACAUUUUUAAAUGAUAAUUGCAAAUUAAGUGAUUGUAAAAAAAACUGGUAUAGUUAGCACUGAACAAACUGAUAUUACAAAAUCUACAGACUGUCACUUGAAAUACCAUGUGGGCUAUUUCUCUCUCUUAGCCUUAAUUUUUCCAUCAAAGAAACACUAUGCAGUGAUAAGUAUGAACAACAUUCACAAAAAUGCUACUUCUUCCUACACCUAUAUUCAUCUUUUUAAGAGUUAGAAUCUAAUUAUCUGAUAUGUUGGUAUUCACAUCGUUUUCUGUUGUAUAUGGUAUUGGAAUUCUUCAAAAUUGACCACAUUGUGCAAUGAGUUAGCUCAGAUUUUAAAGGGAAUUUCAAAUGACUAGAGUUUAAAUAAGUUUAAAAGGAUUGCAUUUUAUAUUUUAACUGGACAGAUGUUAUUUACUUCAUUUGUGAGUAUGUAAUUAUAAUUGUGUUUUAACUAAGCAUAACAAAAUAUCCAUGGUAUACCAGUGUAUUGCAAUUCCUAAGGGAUUUUGUGCAAGUCAUUAAAUGCCAUUGCAUUUCAGAAUAAUUAUGGACUUUUCUUGUGUCAGUAAUAUCAACGGGUGGGGGGGGGGCACUUGGUCCUAAACUGAGUGCAUGCCAGCAAAAAAAGGACACGAAUACCUCAUACAAGAUUUAACAAUAAAGCGUGAUGCCACAUUCAACUAAAUGCAUGUUUACAUAGCUAUCAUAAGCCAACUAAGUGCACACUACUUAAAUAUAUGCAUUUGGACUGCACCUUAAACAUUUUUUUGGAAUGAAUCUGCAUUUGAAGAUGUGAGGUGUAAUUGUUAAUUAUAAUUAAAUAUUGGUUAAAGGAAUUGGGCGUGGGUUGGGAGCGAAACGAGAGAUAUAAGCAAACAUCGCGUUGCAAGAUCGUCGUGGAAAUCUUGAGACCCAGCGAUGCUUUCAUGAGUACAUCCAAAAAAAUACAAAAUCAGUAAUACCCCGAUUUCCGUCUUCCCCAUUUUACGUCGUUUCGCAAAAACGCCGUCACUUUGGUAUUAAUGUCGUGACCUAAUUUGAAUCACCUGAACCCCAUACUUGCAUCGCUGGCAGCAUAAUCCGUCCUUUCUCGUAUCCAUCGCCCCAGCCUUUGCCACCACCUCCCCUGUGCACUCGCUACUUUGCAUCGUUCAUAAAUACAUGUCAUGUAUACUACAAUAUACUGUUCACAGUAUUUUGUUGAUUUCAAAAAAUUGCUUUGCUUUACGUUUUGAUAUUCGUCCCACCUUUCAGGAACGCAUUCCCGACGUAAACCGGGGUAUUACUGCAACUUGCCAGGUGGUAAUGGGGCUCAGUGUAAUAGAAUCACAAUUGGAGGGCUCGCUUUUCAAAUCUCGGACAUGGACAGCCCAUCCUUCCAGUGUCAAUAAAAUAAGUACUGCUUUGGAUUAGUGGCUGUCCUGUCUAGUGAUUGACCUCACACAAAAGGAAUGUAGAAUUUCCACCACUGGCUGAGGACCACAGACAUGAACCACCACCCAUUGCUCAUUUGAACAGAGAAACACAUGACAGGUAUUCAUGGUAAUUGUUGACAAUACAAGUUAACAGUUAUUGGGCAGUAGCUGCAUAUUGUU